CGUUCGGCCGCUGGCGCCCCGCCGGGGUUCGCUCCGCGGGCCGUCACUCACGCAGGUGUUGGCCAGGGCCGCGCCCCCAGCUGCAGGCGGUGCCCGGCCCCUGGGGGAGUUGGUGCUUCCCGCGAGUUGGGGCUGGCGGCUGGGCUGGGCGGGAGCCUGGCAGGGCCCGGAGCCGAGGGGUUGGAGCCGCAGCCGCAGCCGGUCCCCCAGACCAGCUCAGCCCCUGCGCGGCGAUGGCUGCUGCCCUGCGCGAGCUCGAUCUCGCCUUCCUCAGCGAGCAGGAAGCCCGGCAGAUUUUCCAGGUGCUGGAGCGGGACGCGGAGCUGAAAAGGGCCGAGCGGGACCGGAUCAGCAAACUUCAGAAGAAAAAGCAAGAUGUAACUGGAUUACAGGGAGUGACAGGAGAAUGGUUUGAAGAAAUACAGAGAAAAAAAUUUCUGAACGAAACUGACGCUAACAGAAUGUUAAAACGACCACUAGCACAUUGGCUAAGAAAGACAUCAAGAAAUGAUCCUAAAGAGUUUAAAAUGACAUCUCCCCAAAAUCCACAAGCGCAAAAGAAUGUCUCACCUUCCAUUCUGGGAUUCAGAUCUCCUUUCGCUUCACUCUUCUCCUUCAAAAAAUCAAAGAAGCACAGUUUAAAGCAUCAGACUCGGCAGCAGCCACGAUAUGACAGCUUUGCUCUGGGCACCCAUACUUCUUCCAAAGUUGAGGAAAUGGCACAGGCUGAAAUAUGCAACUCAUCUUUACCAGCUGAACUACCUGGUAAUUUAUUUCAUGCAACUCAAGCUGAAAUGAUGGAGGACAGUCCACCUAUAUGGAAUGAACAGCUAGAAAAAGAGUUCUUCCGUGUUCUAGGUGAUCUGGAUGACCAGCUGGCACAGGAACAAGCCCAAGAUUCAGUGAACAGAAAGCGUCUAGUUGACAGUGGACCAAGAGCACAAUAUCUGUUUCCCAGUACAAGCCGACAGACUGCUACUAGGGGACGACACAGAAAUGACUGCAGUGAAACAACCAGCACAUUUUUCUCUGAUGCAACGAGAACAAUAAGAGCCAAAGAGGACCAUAAAAUUUUCUACAGACCAAGGAAAUUUUAUGAUACAUAUAUGAAUAGGCGCCAUUCAGCCUCUAAAGAAGAUUACAUGCACAAGGAUUCAUUAGACAGUAGUUAUCAUGUUCUGAGCAGAAGGCUGUCUUCUGUAUCUUUUGGAGAGUCCUCAGAAGGUAGCUUGCAUCUUCCUUCCAUAAGACAGAGCAGUGGAUUUGGACACAACAGUUAUAUGGGCAAGAACUUCUCUACAGUUGGGAGAAGUUACUCUGUGUGUUCUCUUCAGAGAUAUCCAUCUUCUGCAUCCCCUGACCCAUUUUCAACAACUAGUUUACAAAAUCUAUUGGCAACAGAGAACAACAGUGGAUUUGUACAAAGGAACAAUUGGCAAACCCCAAAGCGAAUUCCCCUCUCUUCUAUUGUAUGGAAUAAACCAUAUACUUCUGGACAUGCAUCAAAUCAAGACAAUCUUUUUAGGACUCAAUCAUUAACAGAAUAUAAUGCCACAAAACAGGAUACAUAUCCUUGCCCUCUGCAUGAAAACAGAGAAUAUGAAUUUUACCGGUCAAAACACCAUUUCAGAAGAGCUGUGUCAAGUACUAAUUGGUUUAGUAGAGUCAGUUGCACAGACAAAGCUGCUACUUCACUAUCCUUUGAUAAUUCGGAGAAUUAUCCAUUAUGCUGGUUGGAAAACAACCUCUCUAGAUCCCACUAUAGAGAUACAUCUUGUCAUGGUAGGUUCCAAAUACACCAAAAGAGUUCUCCUUUUGGAAGAAAAGAGGAGUACCGUUCCUGUUCUGAUAUUUAUCAGUACUACAAUGAUGAUGUGUUUCUUUCCCCUGAUGCUCCCUAUGAAAUGAUUACAUCUAAUUUAAACGACCAGCGAAGUGCACAUGCAAAGAAUGCUAAACUUGCUUCACAGUGCCGUCAGAGUGGCUUUCAAACAUGUGUGUCAGAGAACAGAAGCAGUGUGGAGAUAUCAAGUGGUGCAAGUAGUAAACUGCUUUCAAAGAAUUCAAAAGACCGUCAGAGCUGUCUCACUUAUAAAUCUGCCGUUACUUCACCCAGCAUCAAAGCAGAUGUGUCUAAUGAGUCUGUCUUACUGGGUUCAAGGGUCAAAAUGAAAUUGGUAGCAGAGAACAGCAGUUCUGCCACUAAGGGUUCCCAAAGCCAGCCACAGCCUUUGGUUACCCAAAUGAAUAUUAAGAGAGACUUUAAAAAAGCUGCUUCAGACAAGGUUAGAGACUUAGAACGAUCAGGCAAGGCAGACCAGAAGAGUAUUAAAGACAUAAUAUUACAGCCAGUUUCUCAGAAAGUGGAUACAAAAAAUACCAUUGAUCCCCAGAUAUCUCCUUCUAAUAAUGCUACUGCCUUGCAAAACAGCACAUCUAUUCUUAAUUCACCUCUCUCACUGAGUUCAAGCAGACAAACCCAGCUCACCACCACCAGAGAGGUUACAAAAAAUAGCAUAUCAAAGAGUUGUAAAAGAAACCUACAAAGAAAGGAAAAUGAUCUUCCUGGUCACAGUGAACUUAAUCAGGCCCCUUCUCUUCUGUCAGUUGAUGAGAGCAGAAGGGGAUCGUUUCUUUCAAAUCUGAAGCAAUGGGAACAUAAUCUUUUUAAUUCAGCAAAAAGAAAAGGCUUUAAAUUAGGAAGCCGGAGAGCAGAAACUACUGAUCAUAUCACUCCUAAGGGAGAGUCUUUCCUCGUAGAUGUUCUACAAAGUAGUGCAUCAGUUCAUUCUGCUCCAAUUACUGAAACGUUGGCAAACCAUCAAAGCAUAUUGCCCAGUCCUCCAGAACUUUUGUCUCAUACUUCACAAGGCUCUCUAGAAGACUUUUCUCAUAAGAGCUAUCUGAAAUCUUUAGAAACUCCAACUAAUUCUUCAGUGAAUUGCAGAGUUACUGAAGCUCCAGCAGAAGGUGGGAAAGUAGUUGAGUUGGCAGGUGUUGUUGCAAAAGAUAUUCCCCAGGAAAAACCCAAAGAUCAAAAUAUUUUAGCCAGUAACGACCAUAAUAGUCAAUUAACUACUGGUGAUUCACAAAACAGGAACUGUGAGAAUAUUUAUGCACAUAGUUUUGACAGAAGCACAGAGAUUGUAGAACGUAGUUUAAACUAUUUUUGUUUGGAAAGAGAAAAUGGAAAAACAAGACAAAAUGCAUCUUGUACUGAAAGUCUCUAUAGGCAAGGAAGCUUACUGAAACACACACAUAGUAGCAGCAUUUCUGGCUCUCCUCGUAAAAGCAACCCUGAGUCUCCGGAGCCUCUUGUCGUUUAUUGCACUUUACCUAGAAAAUCAGCUAGCAUCGCUGGCAGUGUAAUGUCAGAUAUGUCCAUAUCUUUUCCUAAAAGCAAAACAGCCACAUGGGAUCAUGUAGAAAAGCAGAACUCAGACAGAACUGCUGCCUUUUCUUUUAAUCAAGGAGAUAAAAUAUCUUCUUUAGGAUCAGCACAUUCUUCAACACGACCAAUACCUUUAGAUGGUAUUACAGAUAUCAAAGGAAAUGUCCUGCAAAUUAAGGAUCACCCUUUGUCUCUAAACAGGAGCCCUAACCACUCGAUAAGUGGACGUACAGUAGUCUCUGAAUCAGAUGGACUUACAGAGAGAGAGAAACUUGUAAACAAAAAAGAAUCCCCUGUAUUUUCAGACUGUUUGGAAAAGGAAAUGGGGGAUUCUUUGCAGAAAUAUAAAACUAUUAGCACAUUUACAGUUUCUGGUGAUGAGGAUCAUGUUGAAUAUCACGAGUUGGUUUCAAUUUAUUACACCUUACCACGGAGUCGUUCAAGAACACUGUCUAACCUUCUAGAUGAUCCAGAGAUGACAGCUUUACCUCUUUUCACAGAAAAAUCUAAAUCACCAAAAAUGCCAAACAAGAACUCUGAAGUUUGCAUGGGUUUAGCAAAUGUAGCUUUUCCUAGCACCAUAGAAAAAGAGAGACCCCCACAUUCUCCUGAUCAAACUCCUGCAGCUUCAAUGACACCCCAGAAUGCAAAGACAGGAGCUAUUGACACUGAUCAGGAAAGCUCACAUUUUUCUCCCAGCACUGAGAAAGUAUGUACUUCACAAUCAACGACCAUUGUACAUAAUAAAAAAGAUAUUUCACCAGGGUUUGCAUUAAAAGAAAGCACAUCUAUACUUCCUGACAUGGUGACAUCAGACAUUUCUAUUCGUGAUCCAGAAUCCACUGCAGAAGUGGCUACUUCUGUUAAGGCAAUUUCUACUGUUUCACACAACCAAAAUAUUGAUGUAUGCUUUUCUUCAGGUAAAGAAAGUAAAGAGAAGGAGGACAUUUUGCAUACUGACACACCAUUAAUCUCCACUUUGUCAACCCCCCAAAAACCCAAAGACCCUCCAGAGAAUGUUUUUAAUUUUACUUCUGCAAUUUAUGAUACUAAUCGUGUGCAAAACAGAGACUCCAAAAAUUGCCAGCAAUCUAUUAAAGUAGGAGGGAGUAACCAUCAGAAUAUUUUACCACCCCAGUUGGAUAAACAUAGUUCUCAUGAAGGAAAAAGUCGUAUAGAGUCUGCAGUCAAUAAAACACCAAUAACCUCUGCUGAAUCUAGACAUGAUGCAGGAGCCAAAGAGAGAUCAGAUUUUCAACACCAAAGCAUUUCCCUAUAUAACAAUAAAUGUACUGGAUUUCAAUUAGGAGCUGAAAGUUCCAGAAAUAGCACCGAUGAAGAAUUAAUUUCUGAUAGACAAAUGCUUCGAAAUUCACAUAACAAACCAUUUCAGCUUGGCACGGUUUCUGCAGCUAAACCUGUACUUCAAACAGGCAAAACAGGUAUCCCAGACACACAUGAUUUAGUGAGCCCCAAAACUAAACAAAAGCAAAUAUCCCUGAACACUCAGCUGGACAAAGAUUGCACUAGUUUGCAGAAAGCUGUGAUGUACAGUGAAGACAAACUUUCCAGUGUCACACAGGAUCUGCAACUGCUGCAAAGUACAGUGAACGAAAACAAGCUUAGGUCUGAUGGCACUAGAGAGAAAGUCAGUAAUAUAGAAAAAAGGAAAAACAGGCCCUCAGUUAAAAAUGAAGUGGCAGCCAUUUACAAAACAAGCCGAAAAUUUUCUAGUAAAAAUGUAAACCCCAAACCACACGUAAGUAAUAUAUUUUCACAGAAUGAUGGAGGUACCGCUUCGUUAGAGAUUAACAUGACCCACAGCACAUUGCGUUCCCCUGCUUUUACCGAGCCAUUUCUGCAAACUGGGAAUGAAGACCAGAAUCGAAAUCUGACCCCUGGGGUUUGUGACCGCCCUGUUCACAAAAUAUCUGAGAAGAAUAAGAGAUCACAAGCUAAUGAUGACUCUCCAUUGUUAGUUAAAAACAAGAAUCAAGGGCCUUUUGCAAAUUCAUGCAACCAGAAAAGAGAAGUCAACAAUCCCAAACAAAAUGAGAAUGAAGUGGAAAGCAUGCUGAGCCCCACAACCCUAUUUCCAAAGAAAAUAGCUGCAAGAAGUAAAAAUUCCCAAACACUUGGCCAGGGGUUGGAAAACAGAAAUCAGACCAUCUUUUCCAGAGCUACUGAAGCAGAUUCAUCAGGCAAUCAAAAGAGAACAAGUACUGGUAGUUCCUAUGAUCCUCUAUUGUUGCCAUUUUUAACUGACAAAAACUCAAACACGUUUAUAAAAAAUUUGCAGGCCAGUGUUUGUAUACAGAAACAGGUCCUUUCCCCAGAUGAGUGUGAUCAUGAUCAAAACCUCCAUCGGUCAAAGAGUUUAAAAAAUGCAAACCUGCACAGUAAUCAGUCACGCAUAAGUCAUGCAAAGAAUCAACGUGAACGUCACUUUUCUGAAAGCACCUAUACUCAAGAUUCCCAUGACAACCCUGGCUCUGGAAGUAACUGUCUACCUAAAGAAAGCAGGUACAGUAGAAAGUUUAAAUCUUAUUCUGAGCUGUGUUCUUGUGAUGAAAAUGAAAACUGGGCUUCAGAUGAUAAGAAGAACACCACCUACGGCACUAGCCGUGUGAUGUAUCCUUCUAUUGAGUUUGGUAUAUUUGGAAAAGAACAACAACUGGCGUUCCUGGAAAAUAUCAAGCGAUCACUCACAGAAGGGAGAUUAUGGAGACCAUGUCUUCUUAAAAACCCUGGCUUUCUGAGAAGUGAAGAGAGUGAUUCUUUAAAGAGGGCUGAGCUCUUGAGCUCAAGUUCUGCUAGGAGCAAAAUGUCAGUAGAUGCUUCAUCCCAAAGAGACCCAAUUGACAUCUAUCGAGAAGAACUAAUGGUUUAUUCAGACUCAGACACUGAUACCACCACAGAUGAUGAAUACUAUAUUUGUGAGACUGAUAAAGAAUCAGAACUGUGAGCUCCUCUAAUACAAAAUUGAGAAUGAGAUCUCAUCUGAAAGGUGUUUAUGCCCAUCCAGGAACCACCAAAACAUGUAACGCAUUUUGGGCCAGAUCCUGUGCUGGUGUAAAUCAGUGUUGGUCCAUUGACUUUAAUGAAGCUAUGUUGAUUUCUGAAAGCUCAAUUUGGCCAUUUUAUAUUUUAAAAGUAUCUGCAAGCAAAAGAUAAAUUCUCACAAAUCUUUUUUAAAAUGUAUAUUAUUAAGAAAAGGAAGAUUAAUGUAGAGCUUUUUAUUGUGUAAUGAUAUGGAAGUAUCUCCACUGACUUCAGUAGGAGCUGGAUUGAGCUCUUGUAUGCUAAGUGGCCAGGUACACACACACACACACACCCACCCCCUUUGGGCAGAACAAAGGGGGAAAACACCCUAUUGAGGCAAGGCAAAAACUCUAAAGAAGAGCAUGACAGAUGCAUGCAGUACACUUUCACUACUGGAAAAUUGCAUUCAAAUCCUUAAUAUGAUAAGUACAGAUGAGUGAUAGUAUGCUUUUAAAGAUUCAUAUGGAAGAUACAGGGUUGAAAUAGCAACUGUCAUUGCUGGCUGGGGCUGAGGUGCAUUGCCAGGGUGGCUUCCUUUGUCCUGGGGAUGAUUCUAGUUUCUAAUAAUAAUGUGUCACUUCACAGAGCACUAAAUUGAACCAAAAUUUUAAAAAAUUCUGUAACUUGGUUCUCUUCUGUUUUAUUUCCUAUGUGUUUGUUUCAUUUCCUACACUUCAUGGUCUCAGACCUUAGCUGCAUGUAAUUCAUGCUGAGCACAGCACUGUUAGUGGGAAAGCAAAGGUGACUCUAAAUCACUUUUCCAUCUCCCCUAGCCCUUGGCCCAACAGGGGGCUAAACAGUCCUUAGCAUAUCUUAGAAUAGUCCAAAAAGCUACUGUAAAUUGCACCAACAAAGCAGUCCUAGGAACUACUGUGCUGGCUGAAGAUUGGGCAGAGUGCUUUACUUUCUGGCCCCAUCUUUCCUCUUUUCCCCUUCCCCACUAUACCCCUUACUCUGAAGGAAGGAGAGUGCUGGAUGAAGUCUCAGCUGUCUGCGUAAGACAAUGUAAAGGACCUCUUACACCACUUUGGUGGGCACUUAAUGAGACUGAAAGAUCUGGCCCCAUAAGCCAAUGUUGUUAUUGGUUUUUAAAUAGCUGCAAUUUUUUCUGUAUGUAGUGAAGCAUGUCAGAGCUUGAGGAGGAACAUUUUUUGAUAUGUUGUGUCUCGCGUCUUCCCUAAAUUAGCAUCUCCCUUUGGUAUUUUUCUAACAUGCUCUCUGUCAUUGCAAUACCUUUCAUCCUUUGAAUAGAAAGGCUAUGAAUGUUUGUUUUCUCUGAAGCUGUUCCCAUACCACUUUACUAAAUCAUGUAUUGGCAUUACACAGUAGCCAAAACCCACACCGGGCCCUGAAAUCUUGAACUGACCUUGAACUGAGCAUCUCUGGCCACUCAAAAUCACAGUAGCUCACAGAGCCAGAUCACAUACGUUUAUUUGUACUUAAUCUUUACUAACUUCACAUCUGGUCUCUAAUUAAUCUCAUUCCAGAUUCUGUAUAUUUUUUCAUUUAAUAAAAUUCUCUAAGACACAAAUUAUAUUUAGAUAGCUGGAAAGACAAUAGCAUGAUAUUUUAAAGUAAUAUAUUUUAGGCAAAGCAAGCAAACUUUGUAUCACUGAAUGCUCCACAUGAAAAAUAUUGUAUUAGACAAUUGGUACCCUUAUUUUUGAUAUUGUAUACUUCGUUAAAGAAGUGGAGUGGUAGUUUGAAAGUGUUUUGAUGUAUAAAUAUUGUUACAUACUUCGAUAUUUUCUUUGGUUGUACAUAAGACUAAUAUAAACUACAUAUUUAUAUUCAGAAUUGUUCUUAGGUGGUAUCUAUUUUGGAAUGAUUUGCACAUACAGACUGAUGCAUACAGCAUUGGAAGGAAAUAAUUGCCAUGUAAAUGUAAACUUGUAAAAUAUGCUGUUCUGAUGAGAAAUGCUAUGACUAUUUUAUCUACAUGGUUUUACACCAUAUAUACAGGGUUCCAUACCAUAAGAUUAAUAAACCACUUAAUACUAAAUAAGGGUUUUCUGUUAUGAUACAUGUUUACAGGGAGAUAAAUGGUCAUGUGAUUUGCUCCAGUAAAAGUGGAUUAUUUGAAUGUUCAUACUUGUAAUUAUUUUCUACCCAUAUGGUGAAUUUUGGACUAAGUUCUCAUGAUGGAUGCAUAAAGGAGGCUUUCAUUAAAUACAGUGCUAGGAAUAUGACAAAAACAAGGAGCCAUACAAAGAAAUCAAAAUAGUUUAGAAUUUGGUCCAAGUGCAAGACUGUGGUAGGUCAGAGUGGCUGGUAACUAAAUUUUACAUAGGUAAUUUUGAUGUAAUUUUUGUUAAAAGUCAUUCAUAUAAAAACAUGAGGUCAAAUUCAUCUUUCAAUAAGAAGAUACUAAAUUGAAUGGAGCUACAUCAUCUUUUGCCCAGUGGUGAAUUUGGCAUGUUAUGUCUUCUAAGCCUUCUCUUUAGCUAUAAUAUAUUCUAUAAAUGCUUAUAAUUAUAGGAUAUUAAUACUGAAAAUGACUGGUUUAAAAUAAAUGGUGCAUACUGCUUAAUAAAUGUUUGUACUGGUUUUAUCUGUGCACUCUAACUCAUGCUUAACUAUUUUAUGCUUUUACAAUAUCUUAAUGCUGCUUUUG